AUGGUGGGGAGCACCAGCAACGGCGGCAGCGGCAGCGGCGUCAACCGAGUGCCCCUGCCAGAGCAGGAGACGCUCCUGGUGCCGCUCACCGCCGCCCCUCCCAUGGCGGCGCGUCCGCCGGGACCAUGCGCCUGCAGCGCCGGUGCUGAAGGCGGCACGGCCUCCUCCGCCUGUAGCUGCGGCAACGGCGGCGGCGGCGGCGGCGGCGGCGGCGGCGGGGCAAACCCCGUGACUGCAAGCGGGCGCCGGUGCAGCUACGGGGAGGCUGCGGCCUGCGGCGCCUGCCGUGGUGCAGGCGCCGCCGGCGGGGCCUGCUGCGGUGCGACGCUCCGCGGCGCGACCUCAGCGGCACUCGCCGAGGACGGCUCGUCGUCGCACGGCGCGGCGCUGCAGGGCUCGCCGUCGGACCCGUGCACGUGCCCGCCCUUCGCGGUCAAGGCCACCUGCGGCAAGCGGCCCAUCAUGGAGGACACUUACGCGCUGUGCCCCAACAUCUGCGAGCUGCCCAUGCCCCCCAUGGCCGUCGAUUUUGCCGACAAGCUGCCGCAGCGCAUCGCCGUGCAGCUGGCCCACGGCGAGCCCUCAACCGAGGACUGCGACGCCGCGUCGCCGGCCGGCACCUCCGCAGGGCCGGCGCCCGGCGGCCGCGAUGGCGGCGGCGGCGGCAGCGGCGGCAGCGGCAGCACGUUUGGGUCGUCCGUGGACGGCGUCUGCGCCCUGGAGAAGCUGCACUUUUUCGGCGUGUACGACGGCCACGGCGGCAUCCAGGCGUCGCAGCACUGCGCCGCGCGGCUGCACCACCACCUCAGCGCCGCGCUGCGCGGCAUGGCGGCGUCGCUGCUGGCGCAGGCCGUGGUGGGCAGCGUCGAGUCCGCGGCCAGCCUAGAGGCGCUGCCGGAGGGGCCCUGGCAGCAGGCGGUCGUCCCAGAGGUCCAGUUCGUGGCUGUGUACCGGGAACAAGCCGACGGGGCGGCCCCCCGAGACGCGCCCGACGGUGCCAACGGGCGCGCCGACUUUGCCGCCGGCGGCGCGGGCGGCGCCGCGCCCGGGCCCGAGGUCGCCUCGGAAGACGAGGAGGCGCUGCGCGCGCUGACCCGCGAGAGCAGCAGCCCCGAGCACAAGAAGGGCGCCGGCGGCUCACCGCGCGCCGCGAACAGCGCCGGCGGCGGCGGCGAGGCGAGCGGCGAGGCAAGCGGCGGCGACGAGGCUGCGAGCGACGGCAGCGAGUGCCCGAGCUCAGGGAUGUGCGCGCUGCUCGAGGAUGCGCUGCGGGAGGCCUUCCUGAAAACGGAUGAGGAGUUCAGCAUCGACGGCACCGCGGGCCUCGUGGGCAGCACCGCCGUGUGCGCGCUGGUCGGCACGCACCACGUGUGGAUCGCCAACUGCGGCGACUCGCGCGCGGUGCUGUGCCGCGGCGGGCAGGCGGUGCAGGUCACGGACGACCACAAGCCAGAGCGCGCUGACGAGGCGGAGCGCGUGGAGAAGGCUGGCGGGCAGGUGCUGUACUGGAACGGCCACCGCGUGAUGGGCGUGCUGGCCAUGAGCCGCGCCAUCGGCGACCACUGCCUCAGGCCCUACGUCAUCCCGGAGCCGGAGCGGGGCAGUGCGCUGCCGGGGGGCGGGGCCGGCGGCCGAUGCGGCGCCCCCGCUGCCCGCUGGCUGCCUGCUGCCGGCCCUUAA